AUGUCUUCUUCUCCUUCUUCCGUUCAAUUGACCAUUCGUCACGGAUCCAUCUUGGAAUUUUUCCAUGAACGAAACCCGCAAGCGUCGGCCAUUGUCAAUGCGGCCAACCAAGUGUGCCUUGGCGGUGGCGGGCUGGAUUCCGCCAUUAACAAGGCUGGAGGUCCUCAGCUACGACAAGAUCGCAAGGCCUUGCCCAUAUUGCGGAAUCCCAACACGCGAAACGAAGUUCGAUGUCCCAAAGGAGAAGCCCGUGCCACUGGCCCGGGAAACUAUGGGAGUCUAAAAGUCCCCUAUGUCAUUCAUGCCGUGGGAGCCGAUUAUCGAUUGUGUUCCCAUCCGCAACAGGGAGAUGAUAUCGUGCAGUCGGCCUAUCGAUCGUCUCUCGAGGUGGCGGAACAGUUGCAACUGGAAGCCAUUGCCUUUCCACUUCUUUCGAGUGGUGCCUUUCGGGCAAGUCGCGAUUUGAAAGAAGUCAUCAAGAUUGGAUUGCAAACCAUGCAAUCCUUUCCGGCCAUGAGCCUCAAGCAUAUUUAUGUCUAUGCGUUUGAUGUCAAGGACUUUGGGAUCUUGCAAUCCAUCAUGACACAAGAUCUGGGCAUGAGACCAACCGAAAUGUCGUAUGUCAUGGUUCCCACCUUGCAGCCCUUUCAAGGGCAGCAUGCGUCACCAUCACUAUCACCACCACCACUAUCACCACCAUCAUCAUCAUCAUCACGUGCACCUGUACAACCAGUUGCGACCUUUGCGGCUUCCGCACCACCUGCUACGGCACCUUCUGCUGCUGCUGCUGCUGGUGGUGGUCCUCCUCCAGCGACUGCGCCUGGGUACAACCCAGCUGCUGCUGCUGCUGCUACUACUGCACCAUCGGCACCCUCCUCGACAGCAUUUGGCGCAGAUCUUUCCAGUUGGAACAUACUCCCGCCACCAGUUGGAGCACCACCGCCUGCUACUGCGCCUGGUUACAACCCCGCUGCAUCUUCUUCACCUCCAGCCACGACUGCGCCUGGGUACCAUGCCGCGGUCUUUGUGCACCAUGGAGGCUCGUCGCCGUCUCCACUCGGUAAAAGUGACAUUGCCCAACUAAACAUUAUACAAGGCAAUUUUCAUGCCUUGAUUCGACACGAGGUUCAACAAGUGACAGGUUCUCAACCACAGCAAGCAUCCUUACCCAACUUGGUCGACUUGGCCAAGAGGGACGAUGCUCCCACCAAGGGACAAUAUUAUGCCAUUCCAGGAAUGAAUGGGGGAUACGAUACUCAACUUGUGUAUGAUGCAAAAUCACGCGAUUGGUCCGUUACUUGUACGACCUGGAUCAAAGGAGGAGAUCAAGGAACAAGACCGAAACAUUCCAUUACCAAGGAUGGACUGCAUAAUGUUGCUUAG